UAACAGUUAUUUGAAUGUAAAAUUGAUGAUAAGCGUAAUACAUUAUGUACAGGCUAAUAUCAGAUUCUAAUAAAAAGGUUGAACGGCCUCAGCAUCCAAGAAACAAUGCAAAUAUUUUUGAAAUCAUUUCAUACAGCUGGAUGUUAAAUCUGUUCAAAACAGGGCGAAAAAGAGAUUUAGAAGAAGAUGAUUUGUAUACGACAUUAAUCGACCACACUUCAUCAUUAUUGGGAAACGAAUUAGAAAAUAAAUGGAAUUUAGAAUUGGCAAAUGCAUUUAAGCUGAACCAAAAACCUAGCUUGACGAAAGCCUUGAUUCGGAUGUCUGCUGCUCGAUACAUGUUUUAUGGUUUUUUACUGUUCAUUGAUAAAAUUAUAUUGAAAAUGUCUCAACCACUAUUUAUUGGAGGAAUAUUAUCGUAUUUCAACCCAGUUGGUUCCAAUAAGUCUGACUUAGGAUAUGCAUACAUAUGUGCAUUUGGCUUAGUGUUGAGCAUGUUUACUUCAAUGGUCUUGCAAAAUGUAACACUAAUAGAAAUAUUACAUUGUGGAAUGAAGAUGAGGAUCGCUUGCUGUUCGUUGAUAUUUAGAAAAUCACUACGUCUAAGUAACACUGCUAUUGGUGAAACCACGGUCGGUCAAGUAAUAAACUUACUAUCCAAUGAUGUAAAUCGGUUCGACAGAGCCGCGACGUUUCUUCACUAUUUAUGGAUCGGUCCCCUACAAUCAAUUGUGGUCACAUAUUUUUUGUGGCAGGAAAUAGGCGUAUCUUCAUUAUUGAGCAUUGCUAUCAUGAUUGCAAUAGUUCCAUUUCAAGGAUGGCUAGGAAAAAAAAUUUCCGAAAAUCGAUUGAAAACAGCCAAAAAGACUGACGAGAGAAUACGUUUAAUGAAUGAAAUAAUUUCUGGCAUUAAAGUUAUUAAAAUGUACACUUGGGAAAAACUAUUUUCAAAAUGUGUAAAAUAUAUAAGAAAACAAGAAAUUGCACACAUAAAAAUAUCAUCAUACAUCAGAGAUACUUUGUCGUCGUUAGCAAUAAUUCAAACAAGGUUUCAACUAUUUAUUAGUAUUUUGUCAUACGUAUUACUAGGAAAUUAUAUCACCGUUCAAAAAAUUUUUGUCAUAACCACAUACUUCAGUAUAUUAAUGCCGACAAUGACUUUUUUUUUUUGUCAAGGCCUGGGACAAAUUUCAGAAUUGCAAGUAUCCAUAAAACGCAUACAGAAUUUUUUAUUGCACGAAGAAAAAGAUGGUCAUAUUAAUAUAUCAAAGCAAUCGACUGUUGAUAAACCGUUGAUUAAUAGUCAUAUCGAAUUAAGAGACUAUGAUAGAAAUAGUACUGACACAAAAGAUGACAUCGGACCCUUAAAUCAUUUUUGUAUAGUUAUUUCGAAAGCUACUGCUAAGUGGAUAAAAAAUCAAACCAACAAUUCUUUAGAAAACAUAUCAGUGGCCAUACAACCUGGCAGUUUAGUCGCAAUAGUUGGUCCCGUAGGAGCAGGAAAAAGUUCAUUAAUUCAAGCUAUUUUACGAGAAUUGCCACUUUCUGAAGGUGCCGUACAUGUGCGUGGUGUAAUUUCUUACGCGUCCCAAGCACCGUGGAUAUUUUCUGGAUCUGUUCAACAGAAUAUUGUGUUUAAUUCACCAAUGGAUAAGGAUCGUUACAAAAGAGUAAUAAAUGUAUGUUCAUUGGAACGUGAUCUCAAACAGUUUCCAUACGGCGAUAAAACAAUUUUGGGAGAAAGAGGAGUUACUCUAAGUGGUGGGCAAAGAGUUAGAAUAAAUUUAGCCAGAGCUUUAUACAGACAAGCGGACAUUUAUUUAUUGGAUGACCCACUUUCAGCGGUUGAUCCUAACGUUGGAAGUCAUUUAUUUGAAAUGUGCAUAAAAGGUUUCCUCAAAGAAAAAACUUGUAUUCUUGUAACUCAUCAAAUGCAGUGCUUACCCGAUAUGGAUCAAAUUGUAGUCAUGGAGAAUGCAAAAAUAUUAGCAAAGGGUACAUACGAAGAACUUCAGGCAUCUAAUAUAGACUUAACAAAUUAUAUUCAAUCUUUAAAGUUACCAAAUUAUGAAUAUAUCAUUGAUAAUAAAAGCAUUUUAAGUGCUGAACAAAGGCCUACUUUUAAACGCCAUGCGUCUGGGGCAAGUGUCAUAUCGUCAACUAGCCAAAGUAAUUACAGUGAAAAAACAGUAGAGCCCGCUGAAAUUAAAGAACCACGAACUUAUGGAAAUGUUUCAUAUGCCGUCUAUUUAUCAUAUUUUAUGGCUGGUGGAAAAAAGUGGAAAAUAUCAUUUUUUAUUUUUAUCUGUAUUCUCACUCAAUUAUUGUCCACUGUUGGAGAUUUCUGGAUAACGUAUUGGGUAAACUUAGAAGAACAUGUUUUUCAAAAUAAAAGUAGUGUAUCUACAUCAAUAUUUAAUGAUUCAUUCAAUAAUAUUUUGUGGAUUUCAAUUUCUCGACAGACUUGUAUAAAUGUUUUUGGAUGUAUUACAUUGUUCUUGAUUAUAAUUACGACCAUAAGAUUACUUACAUUUGUAUCGAUCAGCAUGAGAGCUUCCAUAAAUUUACACAAUAAUAUGUUUAAUACUCUAAUUAGAGCAACAAUAUUCUUCUUUAAUACAAAUUUAUCAGGAUCCAUUCUGAAUCGUUUUUCAAAGGACAUGGGAACUAUUGAUGAGAUGUUACCUGUAUCCUUGCUAGAUUGUAUACACAAUGCAUUGAACCUUUUGGGAGUAUUAAUAGUUGUUGGAAUUAUAAACAUAUAUCUUAUGAUUCCAGCUAUCAUAUUAGCAUUUAUUUUUUACAAAAUAACGGUUUUUUAUUUGUCAUUAUCAAGGAGUGUCAAACGAUUGGAAGGAAGUACACGUAGUCCAGUAUUCACCCAUUCGAAUGCAACUAUUCAGGGUUUAACCACAAUAAGGGCAUUCAAGGCGGAAAAUAUAUUGUCUAAAGAAUUUGAUAAUCACCAGGACUUACAUUCGUCGGCGUGGUAUUUAUUUAUAACAUCGAGUAGAGCAUUUGCCUUUUGGUUGGAUUUAAUUUGCUUUAUAUAUACAAGCAUAGUUACAUUUAGCUUCAUAGUAAUCAGUAACACAACAUUUGGAGGAAAUGUUGGUCUUGCUAUUUCCCAAACUUGUGGACUUGCUGGUUUGGUUCAAUUUGGCAUGCGACAAACCGCAGAAUUAGAAAACCAUAUGACGUCAGUUGAAAGAGUUCUAGAAUACACACAUGCACCACAAGAAUAUUCGUUUGAAUCAUCUACAGAUAAAAUGCCUUCCUUAAAAUGGCCAUCAAAUGGAAGUAUUACAUUCAAAAAUUUCUAUUUACGAUACGGUCCAAAAUCACUGUAUGCAAUUAAUAACCUCAAUAUAAACAUCGAACCAAUGCAGAAAAUAGGAAUCGUUGGUAGAACAGGAGCAGGAAAGUCGUCUUUAAUUGCAGCCUUAUUUAGAUUAGCCAAAAAUGAAGGUAAUAUCAUUAUCGAUGGCAUAAAAAUACAUGAAUUGGGACUACAUGAUUUGCGGUCCAAACUUUCCAUCAUUCCUCAAGAACCAGUAUUGUUCUCUGGAACAAUGCGAACUAAUUUAGAUCCAUUUAACGAAUACUCAGAUCAUGUUCUUUUAAAUGCAUUAGAUGAAGUCGAGCUUAAAGAUGUUGUUGAAAAUUUACCUAAUGGUCUCAACACAAAUAUGUCUGAAGGUGGUUCCAAUUUCAGUGUUGGUCAAAGGCAAUUAAUAUGUCUGGCUCGAGCUAUUAUUCGAUGUAAUAAAAUUCUUGUACUGGAUGAAGCCACUGCUAACGUUGAUCCACAUACAGAUGCAUUGAUUCAAAAAACCAUCAGAUUCAAAUUCCGAACAUGUACAGUCUUAACAAUUGCACAUCGUUUGAACACUGUUAUGGAUUCGGACAAAGUCCUUGUUAUGGACAAAGGAACCAUGAUUGAGUUUGAUCAUCCAUAUAAUUUAUUGAAAAAUAAAGAAGGCGCUUUCUACAAAAUGGUGGAACAAACAGGACUGGUUACAUCCAAUUUGUUACAUAGAGUAGCUGCAGAGAGUUAUCAAUCUUUGAGUUUGGAGACAGAAUCAAGAUCUGAAUCAAUUGUCAAUGAUGCAGUUGGGAUUUCAAUGAAAAAUGUUUAGUUAUGUUUUUUAUGAUGUCACAUGCAAUUAUGUGUAUCAACCACGAACUCGCAAAAUCCAUAACCAUAAUAUUAUAUACUAAUUAUACAUACUGUGUUUUAAUAUAUUUAAUUUAUAAAAUGUGUGAUAAAGGGUAAUCAUGUAUAACUGAUGUGCAUACAAUUUUACCAUUAUUAUUUUAAUUAACUACCUAUCCUUUUCUAAUCAUUAAGACAUUAAGUAUAAUAAUCAAAAUAUCAUCAUUGAACUUGUAUGAUAAUGAUAAAAAAA